AUGGAACAACCUCCCGGCUUUGAAGAUCCAAACAAACCCAAUCAUGUGUGCAAACUCAAUCGUGCUCUCUAUGGUCUAAAACAAGCACCUCGUGCUUGGUUUCAACGCCUAAGCAACUUCUUGCUUACUCUCGGAUUUGAAAAUAGUAGAUCCGACCCUUCUCUAUUCACCUACCAACGCCAUGGUAUUUUAAUUUAUCUCCUUGUUUAUGUGGACGACAUCAUUAUCACCGGUAAUAAUGACACAUUUAUUACCAACUUCACCACACGUCUUGACAAGGAAUUCAAAAUUAAAGACCUUGGAUUGCUUCAAUUUUUUCUCGGCUUGGAGGUGACGCACACUGACUCGGGUUUAUUCCUAAAUCAAUCCAAAUAUGCCCAUGACAUAUUAACUCGAGCCGGUCUUCUUGAUUCCAAACCCGUUGCUACUCCUCUCACAUCUAAAGAUGUGUUCCACUCACCGGGUCACCCCUUUCAUGAUCCUACUCUCUAUCGCUCUCUUGUCGGUGCCCUUCAAUACCUCACUAUCACUCGACCCGACCUUUCCUAUGCCGUAAACCAAGCCAGUCAAUUCCCUCAACAACCCACCACCACCCAUUUUCAGUUGGUCAAGCGAAUUUUUAGAUAUGUUAAAGGCACUUUGACUCAUGGUUUACAUUUUGAUAGACCUCCUAGCACUACUUUACUAGGUUUUUCAGAUGCAGAUUGGGCUCGAUGUAUCGACACUAGAAGAUCCACCAAUGGCUACUGUAUCUACUUAGGUGGAAACUUGGUCUCUUGGAGUGCAAAGAAGCAACCUACAGUCUAA